UUCUAGUCUUCGGUCGGGUUUCGGCGGCUUCGGCGCCGGGGGAGGAGGCGGUGACGAGCCGGGAGAUUGUGGCAGUGGUGGCGGCGGCGGCAGGCGGCAGAGAGGAGGAAAGCCCCUGUUGAGACAGACGUCGGAGUUAGCCAAUCAGUGGUUGCAGUCGUCCAGAAGUCCGAGGUUAUGCGUCUCAAUGAUCCCGCGGAAACGCUACGGGUCUAAGAACACGGAUCAGGGUGUCUACCUGGGUCUCUCAAAGACGCAGGUCCUGUCCCCUGCAACUGCUGGCAGUAGCAGCAGCGACAUCGCCCCUCUGCCCCCCCCAGUGGCCCUGGCCCCUCCCCCUCCCGACACCAUGUCCUGCCGGGAUCGGACCCAGGAAUUCCUGUCUGCCUGCAAGUCCCUGCAGAGUCGUCAGAAUGGAAUCCAGACAAACAAGCCAGCUCUGCGGGCUGUCCGGCAGCGCAGUGAAUUCACCCUCAUGGCCAAGCGCAUUGGCAAAGACCUCAGCAACACCUUUGCCAAGCUGGAGAAGCUGACAAUCCUGGCCAAGCGCAAGUCCCUCUUUGAUGAUAAAGCAGUGGAAAUCGAGGAGCUAACUUAUAUCAUCAAACAGGACAUCAAUAGCCUCAACAAGCAAAUCGCCCAGCUUCAGGAUUUCGUGAGAGCCAAGGGCAGCCAGAGCGGCCGGCACCUGCAGACGCAUUCCAACACCAUUGUGGUCUCCCUGCAGUCGAAGCUGGCCUCCAUGUCCAAUGACUUCAAAUCAGUUUUGGAAGUGAGGACAGAGAACCUGAAGCAGCAGAGGAGCCGGCGGGAGCAGUUCUCCCGGGCACCCGUGUCAGCCCUGCCCCUCGCGCCCAACCACCUCGGGGGCGGUGCUGUGGUUUUGGGGGCAGAGUCCCGAGCCUCUGGGGACGUGGCCAUUGACAUGAUGGAUUCUAGGACCAGCCAGCAGCUGCAGCUCAUUGAUGAGCAGGACUCCUACAUCCAGACCCGGGCAGACACCAUGCAGAACAUUGAGUCCACAAUUGUGGAGCUUGGCUCCAUCUUCCAGCAGUUGGCACACAUGGUUAAGGAACAGGAAGAAACCAUUCAGAGGAUCGACGAGAACGUGCUAGGAGCCCAGCUGGACGUUGAGGCCGCCCACUCGGAGAUCCUCAAGUACUUCCAGUCGGUCACGUCCAACCGGUGGCUUAUGGUCAAAAUCUUCCUCAUCCUCAUUGUCUUCUUCAUCAUCUUCGUGGUCUUCCUUGCCUGAACCCUCUCCAACGCUGAGGCAUUCCGUGGGGGUUUGGAACCCUCCUGGGAGGGCAGGUGGCCAGAGCUGCCACUGAGCCUGUGCAGGGUGCUUGGGAGAAAGGCCCUGUUUCCCUGGAACUGCUAAGAACGGCCACUGCCCCUGAUCUCCCACUCCUUGCCUCUGGCCACCCUGUCCUCCCCUCACCAUCCUCAGGCCCAUGAAACACACGGUUCUGGAUUUGGACUCUGCUGUGAAGUGGCUGGAAGGGAGCAGAGGCCAACUGGAGGGCUCUUCGGGGAGGUUGUCUCCACUGGAGAUUUUUAUAAACCCUCCCCAGCCUUUCUCAACUCUGGCAGCAAGGGGAGAUGAUGCCCUUCCCCACCUUCCUGAGAGUGAGGAGAGGAAGUGAAACUUCCCCAGGGACCAACUUUCCCAUCUGGGUUAAAAUUUACCUCUUCCUCUCUUCACCAUGUGAGGCAAGGGGCCCUGAGCCCUUUGGCUGCCUACACAACCCCAACUCUGGCUGCAGAUGACUCUCAAUCUGCCAAAUGUGCUGCGGCCCGUUUCCUCCCAAUUACAACAAGACUGUCAGCCUCACUA